GGGAGUAACUAAACAUGGCCUGAUAUGUGUUGUCCCGUGUGGCCGUGUCGGUUCGAUGCCGCCCCCGGCCCCGCCCAGCCCAAUUCUGAGUUGGCCUCGACACCUCCGUCUUUCCCAUUUCCAGCAACGACGACCACAAUGAUUUGCCAUUUAAUCCCCGCACAGUUACAAUCCAAAGCGUGUGAUUAUGCUUGCUGUGCCAAAUCAUCGAAAGGAAGGAGAGGACGCAUCACGCAUGCAUGCACAUGGACAGGACAGCAGUUUACUCGACAGGUGCCUCUGCAGGUGGGACCAGGUGUCCCCGUUGACAAAGGAUUGGGCCAGGCCAAGCAUAGCCAUAGCCCAUAGGCAAGGUGUCAGGGUCACAAGGCUGGUGGUACGGUACGGUACUCGUGUUGAGCGAGCCAGGCCACCGGCCACGGCCAGGCUGUGGUGUGGCUCACUCAAACAGUGUCCGCAGGGCUCUGUGCUCGUACAUGGUACUCGUACUCUCGGUACUCCGCCAUUGAACAGGAUCCUAGAAAGGAGCUGAACCAAAUGUGCAUCAGAGUUUUUAGACUAUCUGUACUUAGUGUUUGACUGAACGGUCCAGGUAUCAGUGGCAGUUUAUGUGCUAAUCCUUGUUAUUAAAUUGCUAUUAGUCAACGUUGGGCCCAAGAAUGUCCGGCCAAAAGACAUGCUUACUAGAAUUAGAAUAUGAAGCUGCAUUUGACCCGGAUCCUGGAAUAUAUCUUUGUACACUUGCAGACUUGAUCCUGGAAUAUAGUAUAUGCAUAUCUAUCAGUGGGCUCAGCACUCCAGGCUGGCUGUCUCAAGAACAAAAAUAAAAUGUCCUUUUCGUCAUUGUUGUCGUCUGAUAUACCAUUUUAUUCUGUCGCCGCGGAACACUAGGCAUUUGAAAAGUUUCAAAUUUCAAAUCAAGAGCGUCUCGUCAAUAAGCGCCAUCCUACUUCCCGGUUACCGUUCUAUUGACUCCAGACUCCAGAGCAUAGUAAAUUGAAGAGCUAGCAGGUGGCCAUGUAUACGUGUGUAGUAGUUCAGUUACGAGGAGUACGAGACAUGCCCGUAUACGGCAGCAACAACCUUCUCUUUGCUUUGACCUCACUCUUCGGUUAGCUAGCUAGACAAAAGCCGGCAGCCCAACAUACAACCGAAGGUAGAUGCACCAUCGCCGAAUGUGUCUCGGGCAUCUGAGCACAGUCACUCUAAUUGCCCCCUAUAAUGAUAUAGUAGCACCAGCUUGGAGCUUAGGUGUUGCGAGUAGAUUGUUACCAUCGACAUGUCAGUAGUUACUGAUGCUAUCUCGCAUUACAAGCAAAGUUUCACUUUUCUGUCCUCCCUUAGAUUCUACUCAAGUUUCUAUUAAAAGAUACUGUAUCUUUUCACUCCAACUUCAUCCUAAGCGUUGUUUUUUUUAACCUCUUGAACCGUAUUACGGAGGACACUAACGACUUCGAAGUUUUGGAACUUUGGAUCAGGGUUAGGCUUUAGACCAGUCCAAAACUCCGGCGAUACUCAAACGGAAAUACAGCUAGACGUGCCAAGCAAACGAACAAAACCCAACGAUGUCAGCACACAAAGAUUCCGACGCUGACAGGGCUAGUCACACGCAAAGAAACAAACAAGAACAGUCUUGAGACGUCGCUUCCUAUCUGCAACAGCCAAGUAGAGACAACAGUGCCAAGAAAGCCUGCAUAACCGCCCCCCAAGGCCCCAAGACCAAGUCCUCUCCUCUCUAUCUCUCCCCUCGACCCCUCCUCUGAGUUCUCCACUCUCCCGAUUCCAACACUAGGAAGUCUAGGAUCAUCUGCCCUCUUGCUGCGGAUCACUAUACCAGUUUUUAUUUUGUUUGAUAUAGGAUUUGGUUUAGGAAGAGUUCAUAGGCCUUGGAGAUGAAUUACAGUUCAGCAGUCAUCUCUGGGCAAGAGUUCCAGCAGUGGCUUUCCUUCUAUUUUGUUCUCUAGCAUUUGUCCACGGUUGUUCAUGGGAUGUGACCAAGGCAUGAUCUUUUGGGCAUUUAGUUAUCCCGUCAAGAUUCAGGAGGAAUUGGAGGUAGCGGUUAACACUUUAGGAGAGAGAAAUUUGCAGCCACUGCUUCAAGGCCCCCCGUUUUCUGUUUCUUGCAUUUAUUUUGGGCUUUGUAAGUAUGUGCGAGAGUGAGGAGGCAUCCGAGAUUCAAAAGGAGGAUAUGCAUUACAGUACAAGUCGAGAGGAGAAUUGAGUUUGAAUUCUUCUUGUGGGCGUGGACUGUGGAGACAUGAAGAGCGGCAGCGGCGGCGCCUCCGCGCCCAGCGCCGGCGGCAGCAGCCUGGCGAUCGCCGAGCGGCAGAAGCCGGCGCCGUCGUGCGUGGCGGCGCUGUUCCAGAUGUUCGCCAGGAGGAAGCUCUUCUCCUCGUCCUCCAAGAAGAGCAAGCUGCUUCCCCCAGUGCGCGCAACCAAGUUCUCGCCUGGGAGACAGGCGGGCGGCGGCGAGAAGACGGCGGCGGCCAAGAUGAGGCCCCUUUUGCUUGAUUCUCCAGAUUACUCAAGAAGCAAAAUUGAAGGCAAUGGUAUCAGUCACUAUCCACAGCCUGGCCAAGACAGAAACUGCGGUGAGAAUGAAAUGUGUGCUCCAGGAGUGGUAGCCCGGCUGAUGGGUCUCAGUUCGAUGCCGGCAGUGAACCAUCAACGGCCGAUCGAAGCCACAGACUCCACCGAGUUCGGCGACCACCGGAAUUCAGGCCCUCAAGACUGGUCCAGUACAUCUCGGAGCAUAUACACAUUGCCUAAGAAGCAACAGAAGACAGGGCAGGUGAUAGAUGAUCGGCGGCAGGACAAUGGAAGUCUGUUCAAUGCUGAUACACGGCCAUUGUGGCCACGAAGGCAUGCACACAAGGUGGCAUCACCUGUUAAGAGCCCAAGGUCAAUGUCCAGCAGGAACAAGGCUCGGCUGAUUGAAGCAGCAGUCAAGGUUCUGGAGCCUGGGUUGCAGUCCAGGAAUCGCCGUCUCUCACGGCGGCAUGCAUAUUUGGAGUAUCCAUGCAGUAGUGAUGAUGGUUUGCCCGGUACUUCUGCUGUCUUACGUAACGUGUCUGAUCAAUUCUUAAGAGAUAUGUCUGGUGCUGAUGCACAAAGAUUAGGCGCUCCCAACAUAGGAGCGACACCUCUCAACAACUCGACUUCUAAUAAGUGGACCGAAGAGGAUACUGGUAGAAAGAGUAUUCCGUUUAGGAGGUCAGAUCAGAAUGUACCGUGUCAAAUUCAACCUGAAGGAAAUGGUAAGCACCUGCUCAUUAGCUCGAGUGAGAAGGCUGGGUUUGAGGACAGUGCAAAGAGGACCUCCAAUUGUGUUGCUGUUACAAAUCAAGAUGCUCGAAAAAAUCCGCCGAGGAACAUGUCCCAGGAGAGCGCUCGUCGUGGCCCUCUUAAGCAAAACAACCUGAAGCAGAAUACACUACCAGUAGCUUGUAGAGAGGCAGAUCCAGGAUGUAUGGUCCAAAGGAAUAAACAUAGAACUGGGGAGCAAAAUGCGACAAACACAGCUCAGAACUUCAUUUCUCUGAACAAAAGGAUGACUGACAGUAAAUCUUUGAGGUCAAAAAGAAAGGAAUUGGAUAGAAUUGGUGAGUCACAUACUAGAGCAGAGAACAAGAACAUGGCCACAAAAGGUCGUCAAAGCAGCAGCCUGCAUAGUGAUACCUCUAACAAGCUGAAGUUAAAGACUGUAACACCGAAAGCUAUGGAGAAAGACAUGAUAAUUGCAAAAGGAGCAGGACUGGUCAGUGAGAAGCCGAAGUCUGCCAGUCAAAACUGUGCAAGGAUUGAUUUCCAGAGACAGUCAGUGUCAUGCAGCAUUUCAAGGGAUAACAAGAAAUCAGGCAUCAUUUCUUUCACCUCCAGUUCACCAGUAAAAUUUGAUGCUACUUCUUUGUGUAGUGAUAAUGGUACAAGAACUGGUACUGCUGUUCAGGGAUCUCCAGUUGGUGCUUGCCCUAAGAGACACUCUCGUAGAGACCGUCAAAAUACAUAUCCUCAGAGAGGAAUAGUUUUCAAGGAUGUUUUAGAAGGCAUAUCAAGUCUGGAGACCGCAGAAUCGGUCUUCUUUAACCAAGAUGAGUUGAAAAAUAGAGAAAUUCCUGGUGGUAGAGUAGUCUCUUCUUUGUUCGAAAAGAAGGGGGCUGUACCUGUUACAGAUGAAUCUUUAAGUGAUGCACAGCUGUGGCAGCGCAAUUCAGUGCAUACUGUGACAUAUCAGUUCAGAGGCCCUUCUAAACCAGUCCGGUUGCAUGAAACUCAUAGUAAGAAGCAUGAGGCUAAUGCAAAAGGUUGCAGUCCAUCUCCACUGAUAUCCAGAGCCAGCAAUAAAAAAAGCACUACAUCUAUUCUUCAAUCUACAUAUGCAGAUGACGCCUUCAUUCCUGGUGUUCCACUCAGUACUGCAGAAACCACCUUCACUGAUAGCCAUCCAACGGAGACAUGUACACCAGCUGCUAGCAUGCAAGAUACACCUACCGAGAAAAACUCGUUUUCUGAUCCAAUUUUUGGCCAGCGUGAUGCUCAACCGCUCCAACCGGAAGUCCAAGACAGCAAGCUGAAACACCCUGGGCAGGUUACAACAACCGUUGAACUGCUGCUAACAAACGUUCGCUCUUGUACUCGACGUGAAUCAAAGGAACCAUCCAAGACAUUCCUCCUCCGGACCAUCGAGUCUGCUCUGUCCACCUUGACGCCAGGCUCCAAGCAGGAUCUCAACUCCAUCAAGGCCAAGGAAGCGAGCUCGCUAAGGAACCUCGCGCUCGAUUUCGUCUGGGACUGCCUGGACUCGAUGUGUACCCAGCUCUGUGACUCGGGUUACAGGUCGUUCACAAGGCUCGGUCUGAUCUGCACCGAGGAGAGGCUAGCUGCGGAGGUCAGGAAGGAGAUUGCGAGGUGCAGCGACAUGGCUGGGCGGGGCUUGGACGAACUGGCCGUGAGCGAGGUCGAGCGCGCGGUGGAGGCCGGCAUGGGUUCCAUGCUCGAAGCGCUCCAGAUCGGAGCCCAGAUCGAGCAGGAUUUGGUCCAGGAGCUACUGAACGAGAUCGGGCUUGACAUGUUCAGGCGUUAGUGACUUCAUAGUGGUAUAUGAUUCCUUAAUUACUUCUAUUUUGCUGUGCUGUAAUACCCGGCCUGUGUCUG